GCUGAGGAGGGGGUUGGGACUGGUCCUGGAAACCCGCCGCAGUCCUGCUCAUCAUCUUUGGUCAUGUGCCUCCGUCUCUCCGGCUGCCUCUGGAUCCUCUGCAGGAAGUUGGACCGGUUUCCUUCCCCGCUGAGUUGGUGACAGCCGCCCUGCCGUCUUCCUGGUUCUCCGUGCUUUGACUGCGCCUCCUCGCCGCGUCUCGCCUCGCUUCGGCCCCGGGCCUGGGAGCCUGAGAGGCAGGGCUCUGCUGCGAACAGCUCCAUCUCCCCUCCAGAAAGCCAGGGAGAGCUGAUCAUGGAGGCCCCGGCGGAGGAGAAGGAACCCCUGCCUCUGCCCACCCUGAGCCCGGCCGUGCCCCCCUUUGUGACUCUGGGUCUGACGGUGGUCUACACCGUCUUCUACUCGCUCCUCUUCAUUUUUAUCUACGUGCAGCUCUGGCUGGUUCUGCGGUACCGACACAAGCGCUUCAGCUACCAGACUGUGUUCCUGUUCCUGUGCCUGCUGUGGUCGGCCCUGCGCACCGUGCUCUUCUCCUUCUACUUCAGGAACUUUGUCACGGCCAACACUCUGGGUCCCUUUCCCUUCUGGCUGCUCUACUGCUUCCCCGUCUGCCUGCAGUUCUUCACGCUCAGCCUCAUGAACCUUUACUUUGCACAGGUUGUUUUUAAGGCAAAGUCCAAAUACGCCCCAGAGCUCCAGAGGUACAGGCUGCCCCUCUACCUCCUGUUCCUGUUCAUCAGCCUGGUGUUUUUAGUCGUGAACUUAGCGUGCGCCCUGCUGGUGAGGAUGUCCUCUGCAGAAGCUCACACCAUUGUGCUCGUGAGAGUCGCCAUCAACGACACGCUCUUUGUCCUGUGCGCCGUCUCGCUCUCUUUGUGUCUUUACAAGAUCGCCAAGAUGUCCCUGGCGAACAUCUACCUGGAGUCUAAGGGGACGUCGGUGUGCCAGGUGACGGUUAUAGGAGCCAUUGUCAUCCUGUUGUACACGUCCAGGGCCUGUUACAACCUGGUUGUCCUGGCGUUGUCGAACAAAAGCAUCAACUCGUUUGACUACGACUGGUACAACGUGUCGGACCAGGCAGAUCUACAGUCGACUCUGGGCGACACUGGCUACGUCGUCUUCGGAGUGAUUCUGUUUGUUUGGGAGCUGCUACCGACUUCCCUUGUUGUGUAUUUCUUUAGGGUUCGGAAACCCAACUUGGACAGGAGCAGCUCCGGCCUCCCUGGCCAUGUCUUCUCGUCCAGAGCUUACUUCUUCGACAACCCGAGACGCUACGACAGCGACGACAACCUGGCAUGGAGCGUCAUGCCUCAGAACAUUCAGGCCAGCCUGGCUGCGGACAACUACGAGUGGGGAAGCCAGAACAGCGGCAUCAGCGCCUACAUUGGCAGCGAGGACAGCUACAACUUCUCCCGCCCGCCAGAGGAGCUCAGCCAUUACUGAAGGGCGUUCAAGGACUCGUCUGUAUAUUUUUGCACAGUCGGUUACUGACCGAGGCACAAGGUUCUUCAGGAGCUGGAGGAAACGACAGACUCUUCUCAUUGCCAGUAUAUAAAAGCCCAUAAAUGGGAUAGUACUUUUGCACACUCCUUGUACAGAUUAUGAUCUGUUCUUGAAACUCUUUCAUUAUUUAGGACAUGUUGAUUUCAUCUUAAUAUAUUUCCUAACCUUUGUAAGCUGUACUGUAAUAUUUUAAUGUACUAUGUGAAUGUUUUUGUUUUCAUACAGAUGUUUAUAAUUAAGAUUCUUUUAAUUCAUAUUAAAAAGAAGUUUAAAUACUGUAGAAAUGUUUCAAUUUCAAUAUUUAACGGCUGAAAUUUUCUAAGGUGGAAUCCACAACUUGCACAGCAGCGCCCCCUAUUGGUGCGGCAACGCAUUGUUCUUUAAAACUAAAAGUGAAAUUAAGAUAGAAUAUGAUUUUGUUUUUCUUAGAAUCCAGAGUUCCUAUAUAUUUCUACUUAAAUAUUUUCAGAUACCUGUGCAAAUACAAAAAGUACUAUUGGACUGGAUAAUUUUUUUAAUUUAUGGGAAAGUAAAACCAGCUCUGCUUACUUUUG